AUGGAAGUCAAUCAGAAGAACGUUGACGCGCCAGAUGUUGCAUUCGCAAAUCUGCAUGAUGAGGAAUACGAACGCGCAUUGCCCGCUUCGGCAUUUCCUGAAAAACGCGGGAAAAGAACGUGGAUUAGUUACAUAGUGGGACUGGAUUGGUGGCUUAUCAUCGGAUUCUUCUUGUGGUAUGUGCAGAAUGCCUGUUAUGUGGUCUUCAACAAACUGUUUUUGAACGAAUUACCGUUGCCUUGGACGCUUAGUGCCUGCCAACUGCUAAUUGGAUGGUUCUUCAUGUUCUUAUUCUGGGGUUGCAACAUACGAGACAAGCCUAACUUCGACAACGUACGCAAAUUUUUUGUCACCUUUCUGCCCAUGUCGUUUCUUCAUUUUCUGGUGCACGUGUCUGCAGUUAUCUCUAUGGGUCUCGGGGCUAUAUCAUUUACUCACGUUGUGAAGGCGCUUGAGCCAGUGAUCACUGUUAUCUUAUCUAUGCUGUGCCUCCAUGAAUUCAUGAAUGUAUACGCAUAUCUUUCGCUCAUCCCAAUUGUUGGAGGAGUAGCCUUGGCAUCUAUAAAGGAAUUGAACUUUAGUCUUGGAGCAUUUUUGUUCGCCAUGCUUUCCAACGUAGCGGGCGCAAUGAGGUCCAUUCUUGCCAAGGUCACUUUAAAGAACAAAGCAGAAAUUGGGGAAAACCUUACGGCGAACAACAUAUACAUGAUAUUGACCUUGAUUGCUUCGCUCAUAUCUCUUCCUUUCUUGAUCGGCUUAGAGGCCCGUCACUGGAUCCCAGCCUGGACCAAGGCAACAGCAAAUAUGACGGAAAGUGAAAAGCUUUGGCUCCUUUUCUAUGGUUUCGCAUCUUGCUUUUUCUACUUCUUGUCAAAUGACAGCGCAUUUUACUGCCUGGGCCAAAUUAACCAAGUAACCUACUCUGUGGCAAACACUGCGAAACGUGUUUUGCUCAUAUCCUCAUCUAUUAUUGUCUUUAAAAACAAGGUCACUGGAAUGGGUUACAUUGGCAUGAUCUUCGCAGUUUUGGGAACAUUCGUCUAUUCUAUGGUCAAAUGA